UCUGUGAUUUAUUUUCUAUAUGAAUUGUAUUCUCUCAACUUGGUAUCUUAUUUGAUAGGCCAAGGAGUUAGAAACGGGCGAGGUUAUGUCUGAAUUGGAGCUGUUUAAUAUUGUUUACACAAAGAAGCAUGCAGAACUGAUGAAAAUAAAGGAGGCAAUGGAGCGUGCUGCGGAGGAAUUUGCUUCUCAAACUGAUCCAGAUGAGCCACCUCCAUCUCCUGCCACCUGCAGAAAGAGAAAUAUAUUAAUUUCUCUACGAGCUCGUAAGUUGAACAAAGGAAAGAUAUUUAUGAACCCAAACAAGACUGUUCAAGAUGUUCUAGGGCCUGAGGAGGCAGCCAAAUGGACCACCUUGUCUACUCCGGCCCGUAUACCAAACCAUGCAUAUGAUAUGAUGGGUAGAGCACUAAAUGAGGUGACUGAUAUGGUCCAGGCCAUGGAUGGGAUGAAUGAGAUCCCACGAUCCCGCCUCGAUGAUGAGUUAAAAAAAUUAGCUGAUGGUGCAUAUCCAAGCAAGGAUGAUCCUGUGCAGAGGCUAUUAUGGGACCAAUAUAUAAAGGUUGCAGCAAGUUUGGCUUGUUCUCAAUUCGAGAGAUUCAAAAAGGUCAUCAUUGAGGAUACCCAGGAGGAUGGAACUGAAAAUGGACAUGAUAUGGAAGAUGAUGAAGGAAAUGAGAAUGGGCAGAACAUGGAUGAUGAAGCAGGAAAUAUGGAUGAUGAUGGAGGAAGCAUGGAUGGACAUUAUAGUGAUGAAGAUGGCAGCUUCAACAACACUCAACUCAGCCCUUAGUUUAUGUGAACUUUCUAGUAGUCUAUCCCUACGUGGAAUUAGAAGUUAUGCUUUUGUGAAGUCUAGUAAUCCUUAUGUGAAUUUUACCAAGUACUCUAGUCUCUUUAUGUAUUAGAAGAAUAUUCUGGCUUAAUGUUGAACUACUUUUGCUUUUGGUAUUCAAAUAUCUCUGUUACUAUAAAUUA